GUUAACUUACUAAAGGCUGUUCAUGCUGUGCUGUCCUGUUGGGUUAAAGACAAAGCAAAGACCAAUUGAUGUUAAGACAUAUUAAGGUUUUUGAUUCAUGUGUCUUCCAAUAUAGUUUUUUUCUGAGGACAAAUCUGGCCUCUAACUACCCUGUUGAAAUUUUGGAAUACGAGUCUGUUGCCAUAAUGAGGAGUCUCUUCUUCUGUAUCUCGGUACUGGUUGUAUUUUGGUCUGAUAAGGCUCUCUGCAAGUCAGCAUUUUCUAGCAGCCCAAAAGCACACAUGCUCCUGCGUUCAAGAAGAGCCAACACUUUUAUGGAGGAAAUAAAGCCUCCAUCGUUGGAGCGGGAGUGUAGGGAGGAACUGUGCGAUUUUGAAGAAGCAAGGGAAAUCUUUAAUACAAGGGAAGCCACGUUGGAAUUCUGGACGGCAUAUAAAGAUGGAAACCAGUGCAACUCCAAUCCAUGUGUUCAUGGGAAGUGUGUGGACCUGUUACAAGAUUACUCCUGCACCUGCAACACUGGAUUUGAAGGGAAACGCUGUGACCUGCGUGAGCCUCUUGUUUUUUAUACAAUUUAA